AUGCCGGCCAACACCAAUAAACCGGCUGCUCCCUCUCCGGCAUCGCCCAGAAACACCUCCAAGUACACAAAUAAGGAUGGCUCCAAGUUUAUCACCGUCCCCAAGGGCUACGCCGACUCGUCUUCUUCCCAGCCCGCUACGCCAACGCUGUCUGCGACAAACGACCACCAAUUUGCCGCUCAGUCCCAAUCUGCGGCUCCCGCUGCCGCCGACCGCGACGACGACAAUGCCUCGACCGCAGCCCCGUCCGUUAAUCGCAAAAAGCAGAAGCGAAGGCAAAAGGCCGCUGCAAAGGCUGCUGCCGAAAAUGCUCUCAACGGACACGGCCCGGCCGCACAGAGUCACGUUCACAGCCACGCCCACGCCCAUGCUCACGCUUAUGGACAUGCUCAUGCUCAUACUUAUCGCGCCAGCAUCUCCAUUCCUCCGCCGCCCCCUCCGCAGGACGCUGAUCUUGUCGCGACCGACGAUGAUGACGACGAGGCUCCCUACCCCCCGUCAGGCCGCCCGCAUCAGCACAACGGCGAGCCGUCCAAGUCUAAGAAGAAUCGCAAGAAGAAAAAGAAGCAUGCUGCCGCAGAAGCUGACGAUGACCUCUUGUCCCUACCGCCGCCGCCCGCCGAACCAACGCGCCGACACGCAAUGUCCAGAGAUAAGAUAUGGAGUACCAGCAAUCACGAAGAGCGCGAACGAAUCAAGGAGUUCUGGCUCGGACUCGGUGAGGAAGAGCGAAAAUCUCUUGUUAAGGUCGAGAAGGACGCUGUGCUGCGCAAGAUGAAGGAGCAGCAAAAGCACACCUGCAGCUGCACCGUCUGUGGCCGCAAACGCAACGCCAUCGAGGAGGAGCUUGAAGGGCUUUACGACGCUUACUAUCUCGAGCUUGAGCAGUUUGCCAACCAAGGCGAGGGUCCUCCCAUGCUGCCCCCGCCUCGUGACUUUCCUAUACGACCACCUCGCGGCCUGCCUACGAGCUACGCACCGCACCCGCCCUCACGAGGACGAAUAGUGGAACACGUGGCUGACGACGAAGACGAGGAAGAGGACAUUGAAGAGGUGUACAGUGAAGAGGAUCUGGAUGACGACGAAUAUAGUGACGAAGACCCUCCCGAAGCCUUUCACAGUACGCACGAUCGCGACGUCGCCGAUUUUCUUACAUUUGGCAACAGUCUUCAAGUCAAGGGUACGCAGCUCCUAGAUACACUCUUGCGCACAUAUGGUAACCUGGAACUAGGCGGUAUCCUCACCGUGGCCGAUGACCUACUGAAGAAUGAUGGCAAGCGCUUCAUCGAGAUGAUGGAGCAGCUCGCCGAGCGCCGCAUGGCGCGCGAGGAGGAUGCUAGGGAGCAAUUUCCCCGCGGCUUUGCGCACCCCAACGGCGCCCCAUACUCUACUCCUCACAAUCAUCCUCCUCCCGAAGAGGAAGAGUACGAAGAUGAGGAGGACGAGGAGGAGGAUUAUGUGGACAGCCAAGAGGAAGAGUAUGAGGACGAAGAGGUAUAUUCCAGUUCUUCUGCCAUGCCGUCCGCGUACCAUACUGAGCACAGUCUUCAGGACCAAAUGACCGAGGCGCAGCGAAUGGAAGAAGGACGUCGCAUGUUUCAAAUAUUUGCCGCUCGCAUGUUUGAGCAGCGCGUCUUAUCUGCGUACAAGGAAAAAGUAGCCAAAGAACGUCAACAAAAGCUGCUCGAGGAACUGGAGGAAGAAAGUCGACAAGAACACGAGCAAAGAGCUAAAAAAGCCAAGAAUGCGCAAAAGAAAAAGGACAAGGCCGCUCAACGAAAACAAGCUCUGGCCGAGGACAAGGCUCGUAAGGAGGCUGAAAAGGCUGCUGAGGACGCUGCUCGCAUAGAAGCAGAGCAAAAUCGCGUGGCUCAGCAGAAGCAAAAGGCCGACGAGAAGCGCCGUCUUAAGGAAGCUCAACGAAAGGCAGAAGAAGAAGCCCGUCUUAAGAAGGAGGCUGAACGACUGCGGAAGAUUCACGAGCAAAAGGAGAAGCAAGCUGAGCAGGAACGUAAAGCGCGCGAGGCCAAGGAGCGCGAGAAAAAGGCCAAGGAAGAGCAGCGCCUAAAAGACAAGGAGGCACGCGAGCAAAGGGAGCGUGAAGCGCAGGAGCGCAAGGAGAAGCAGGAACGCGACAAAAAGGACAAGGAAGCGAGAGCAGCAAGGGCGCAAAAAGAGGCGCAAGAGGCAAAUGAAGCCAAGGCCAGAGCAAAGGCUGCCUCUGUCGCCGCUGGACUGGUGCCUUCGCAGAUUCAGCUGGCCAAGCGCGGACAUCCACAACAAACCGCCACCGCACCUGCGACGGCCAUCUUGCCUCACCAUCCGCCGAAUCCAGCCAAUUUUGCAUCACCAAAGGUGCCCGUCGCGACGCCCGUGCUGCCCAAGUCUGCUGUUCCAACACCUGUACGCCCACGAGCCCCAUCCCAGCAGCACGACGCUACCUUUUCGACAGCGUCCCCUAGUCUGUCGCCGCGAUCUAGCAGUGUCGUCCAUAUGAGUCCCGCGAGCAUUGGCCAGGAGCGCAAAUCGAGUUUCGGUGCCACCCCUGGCUUGCCCUACUCUGUCUCGCCCCCAGGUAUGCCGCCCACUCCAUCGCUGCUGUCUGCCGCUUUUCACGGAAACCCGAUUGGUAUGCAACCGCCUCCAGGACUGCAGCACCACGCACCACCUGGAUUCCCGUCGCGUCUUGCUACCGAACCUGUGUUUCCUGGCUUCCGGUCCAGCCCUAGCGCCAUGAUGAUGGCACCACCUGGUAUCAACGGACCAGCUGGUCGCGGCAUGCCUUCGGGCGGUCCGAUUGGACCCCCCGGAUUCCACCAACCUAUCAGUGACCAAUUCCCUAUGAGCCAAGGAUUCAACGGCAUGCCCAAGGACACACCCCCGCCGACGCACACCCGCCAAGGUUCCGGCGCAUACGACGCCAUUGGCAGUGCCGCCAUGCCCAUUGGACGACCAGCCCCGAUAGGAAGACCUGGAAGUACAUCCCGUGGACGUCGCAACGACGGCGAGGAUGAGACUAAGCAUCUCGGUAGCAGUGUACUCGUAGAGGACGACGAGCCCCUCGGACCGGACCUCAACCCAGGCAGCCUCCGCACACAACCGCCUGGCCCGCGCCCAUCCGCCUUUGCACCGAACCCGUUUCUGGAUACUGGUUUCCCGCGCGGCGGCCACAACCUCUGGGCACCCACGCCCGCGUCGGCUAAUGGUCAGCAUUUUCCUCCUCCCGGCUUCGGCAACCCCGGCUGGGGAGCGCCUCCACCCGGCAUGUCCCCUGGCGGCUUCAGCGUCGGUUCGCCCGGCGGCGGCAUGCGUAGCCUCUCGCAGGCGUCACGCCCCAUUGCGAUCCGGCAGAUGCUGUGCAAUGCGUGCAAGGCGCUCGCGGGCACUAGCGGUGACGGCAUAGGCGACGGCAGCGGCUUCGUCGACAUCCACGCCCUCCGCAGCCACAUUGAGAGCCAGUGCAACGACCCGAGUAUUACCGCGCAGGAUCUGCUCAACCUCUGCGACACCGAGGGUAGCGCGUCCAACGGCGGCGGCACGUUUGACGUGGUCAAGCGCGACAAUGCCGCGCACGCCAUCCGCUGGGUGCCCGACGUCACCAUGCUCGACAGCCUCCUCGGCAGCAACGGCCUGCCCGGCGGCGGCCCUGUGUUUCGGCAGCCCGUCGGGGCGCCCGGCGAGAUUGGCAGCCCCCUCAUGGGCUUCUCGUCCGCGUCGAUGCGGGGUCUCUAG